CACCCAACAAUUUACAGUGGCUUUGGCUUUACAGACGGCUUUGCUGAAUCACAACAAAUUCCUUAAAUUUGACACUUGUGUUUUUUUAUUAUUUUAAAGUCGCUUUGAUAUCAGCAUUCUGUCAAUCUCCGGACUGCGCCGUUUUAUUUGCGUCAUUUUGAAAACGCAAAGAAAACUCGUCGAGCUAUUGAAUCGACUCCCGUUCAUGUCUGAGGUUAAAUCUCCCGAACAAAAAAAUAAAAGCCCUAAAGCGACCACCAUAAUAUAUGUAACGUGUCUAACUGUACCCGUGUAAUUUAUUGGUGCUGAUAUGAGAGAGGUCAGCGGCUGCUGUCUGGCUCUUGUGUAACGAUCGCCGUGUGUCUGUGUGAAUCACAGUUCACCUCAGCUGAACUUCUGUGAUCCAGUUUACGGUAGUGUGCGGCUGUCGGGGGGGAAGAACAGCUAUUUUGACCAAUAUUAAAACUAAAAUGCUCUUAAUAGACGCAGUCUGUCGUCAUGUUUUUGUGUAGACGGGAAGGUUGUGAUAGUUUGCUCGUCUGAGUGUGUGAACCGGAGGGAACGGCACGUACGAGCGCGUGUGUUUUAACCGCGCGACAGGAAUCCACCGUGAAGAAUGACAUCUUUCCACUUCAACCUCAACUUGAGAAAAAACACAAUAGGUCGUCCUGGCUUUCUUACCGACUCCCGAUAAAUUGCUUUGGUUUGUGUGUUUCUCUUUGACGUUUAUAACGAGAACUAAAGGAGCACGAAUGAUCCGGAUGAAGCGAAGACGUGGAGGAAAAGGGAAACUGUAAUGCUCGGGGAGGACUCGCAGAAACUUUGGGUGACACCAAGAGACUUGCCUGUGGCUGGAUGUGCAGAUGGCAAACUCAGGAGGUGACUGUCUACCUUCUCAUGUUGGUGACAUUGAUGGUUAUGAAAGAUCCCAGACUGAAGCUUUGGAGUCAGAGGUGUCCAUUUGAUGGUUCAACGGCAGAAAAAGUCCUCGACAGAGAGAAGCAGGCAUGCAGGGCGUGUGUGGAUUUGGACUUUGUCCCUGGAUUUGGUGCAUGUAUUUAUUGGCAGCUGGCAGAGCAGAACUGUGAAUCGUGAUCUGACUGAUGAUUGAUUCACAGCUUGCCGUGGUCCAGCACCAUGGUAGACAUGCCGAGUCUGUACAGUCCCUCGUCCCUGCUGGGCGAUCCAAUGCUGGACAGGUCUCUGUGUGGAGAGCUAAUUGGUGACAUGGAGGAGCUAGAGGACAUCUCUAAGUCUCUAGGUGAUGAUACCUUUAGCUCUCAACCCAUACUGGACUACCAGAGGUGCAACACAGCAUUAGACAGCUCCACUGUCCUAGAUGUCAUAACACCAGCUUCUAGUCCAUCCUCAGGAGUAUUUGCAGCCAACACUGGUCAGGAUGAGAACUCCUCUAGUUCACUUACCCUGGAGUGCCGCGUCUGUACCGACCGUGCCUCAGGUUUCCACUACGGAGUGCAUGCCUGCGAAGGCUGCAAGGGGUUCUUCAGGAGAACCGUUCAACUAAAACUGGAUUAUGACAAGUGUGAACGCAACUGUAAGAUCCAGAAGAAGAACCGAAACAAGUGUCAGUACUGCCGUUUCCACAGGUGCCUUGCAGUGGGCAUGUCCCACAAUGCCAUUCGAUUUGGGCGAAUGCCUCUGUCUGAAAAGCACAGGCUGAGAGCAGAGCAGGAGAUAUGGGAGAAAGAAGCGCAUGAGUCCCAGCAGCCUGACACCAAGAGUCUGGCCCGGCUGAUCCAUGAAGCCUACCUCAAACAUUUCCACAUAAACAAAGCCAAAGCACGUGUCUUUCUCACUGGCAAGACUUGCACUCCGCCCUUUGUCAUCCAUGACCUGGACACUCUCCAGCACGCUGAGCAUACACUGGUUACCCAACUACAUGGUAACAUGGAAACCAGCAAUGCCUCUUCUCUACAGGAGAGAGAAGUCGAAGCCCGGCUCUUUCUCUGCUGUCAAUACGCUUCAGUGGAGACGGUCACCGAACUGACAGAGUUCGCAAAAGCUGUACCUGGCUUUGCUGCCCUAGACCUUAACGACCAGGUGACUCUGCUGAAGUAUGGUGUGUAUGAGGCACUGUUUGCGCUGCUUGCCUCCUGCAUGAAUAAAGAUGGACUGCUGGUGGCUCAUGGUGCUGGCUUCAUCACUCGCGAGUUUUUGAAAAGCCUGCGCAAGCCCUUCAGUGACAUGAUGGAACCAAAAUUUCAGUUUGCCAUGAGGUUCAAUGCUCUAGAGCUCAACGACAGUGACCUGGCACUUUUUGUGGCAGCCAUUAUCUGCUGUGGAGAUCGUCCGGGACUGAGCAAUGUGUCCCAGAUCGAGUGCAUCCAGGAGAGCAUAAUUGAUGCUCUACGGCUCCACCUGUUGGCCAACCAUCCUGAAAACAAUUUACUCUUUGCCAAGCUGCUCCAGAAACUGGCCGACCUGCGACAGCUUGUGACAGAGCAUGCAGAGCUUAUCCAGGAGAUCAAGAAGACAAACGAUGCUUCACUCCAUCCACUUCUGCAGGAGAUCUACAGAGACAUGUACUGAACACACAAUCUCUCCCCUCACUAUGGUGAUGAAGACUCCAUAGAUGUUCUCAGGAAGUGCUAAUACAUGAGUGACCCCUUUAUCUUAAGGAAAGAAAAUAAAGUAUUUAAGUAGAGCCUGCUCAAUCUGACAGACCUGUUCUGAGAUGAUUGAGCUAUAGGAAGACAGAUGGGAUGCACAGAUGCUUUAGAUCAUGCAAACUCACUAAAUGGUCAUGGCACUAGCCUAGGACACUGUCCAGAAUACACUAGGAAAUUGCAGUUGAUGCUGUCCGCUCACAUUCUCUGGGCUGCCCCCUUCAAAAAGUAGCUCUUCAUAAACGUAUGCGUAUCACUGCCUCUGCCAAAUAAACUCUCAAGUUUAAAGCUACCUGGAAUAACAGUGACUCUAUACUGGAAACUGUGUGAUUAUAAUGUUCUAAUGAUAGAAUGUAAGACAUACAGAGCAAUAGAAUUCAGACUUCUUUUUACCUCACCUGUAUAAUUAAUAUAAUAAAAUACCUGUAUAAUUCUAAAAAUUAUAUAAAAAAAACAUUACUGUACAGUGUACAGCACUCCAACUGUAUUUUUUUUUAUUUUAUUUUUUUGUACAAUCAAGGAUUGUUGAUGUACUUUGAAAUAUUGAACAGAGAUUAAGACAAUAUUAAGGAGACUAAUGUGAUAUUUUGUAUAGGACACUUUCAGAUUUGACCAUAUACUGAACAUCAGAUCACUUUUAAGAAACUGUUCUAAGUACUUGAUUUGUAAAAUAUUGUGUUCGUUGAAUGUGGAGUUUUGCAGGAAUGUCAGGGAAAAUUUACUGUAAAAUCAUAAUAUUGAAUGCAAAAUCAAUUUACCGACAAAACCACAAUGCACUUAAUUAUCUGAAAUUUUGUUGUAGAUUG